AUGGAUGGCAUAACUUCCAUGGCAAGCACAGAGUCUGAUUUCUUCUGCAUCGACCACCUUUCCGAGCACCCCGGCAUGAUCCACUCUAUUGUGUUCGCAGCCCGGGCCUUCUACGAUCUGUCGGUUGGGAUACCGUUCAGCAAUACCGCUCAGUUCCACCUGUCAAAAAGCCUCCAGCAUCUCCAGCUCAGUCUAAACGACAAGACGGAAGUGACCAAAGAUACCACAAUCUCCAUUGUGAUAUUACUAGCGACGGCAGCAAUCCUGAGUGGCGAAUUUGCAACAGCAGAAAAGCACAGGGAUGGCCUCUACAGUCUAAUAAACCUACGCGGAGGUGUAGACUCAAUCCCUCCUGGAAGUUUGAUAGAGCACAAGAUUCAGACGAUCGAUCUUGGUCUUGCAAUCGGAGUCGGAAGCGAGCCAUGCUUCAUCCGGAAGAAUAUCUCAUGGAGCCCUCACCUUGCGAGGGGUAGUCGUACAUCUAGAUUUCCCGAAUUCGAUAUGCUGCGUCGUCGUCCUGACCCAAGACUGUUAAAUGUUUGGGCCGAUCUUCGCGAACUGUCCGACGCUGCAGAUAGAGCUUCUGGAACUGGUGCAAAGAUUCCAGGACACGACUUCUCACGCCUCAAUACAUCGGUGCCCUAUCGGCUGGUCCGUCUGGAUUGCGAUCCUACAUCGCUUGACGAGGUGUUGAGAGCAUGCAUGCUGGGUUAUAUGAAGAUUCUUACCGUCAAAAUCCACGGUAUCGGCAGGAAAAUGGUCUUCCUAGCCGCGAGAAUGAAGACUGCCCUCCUCGCACAGGAGGCCCCGCCAUUUGUUGAACAUGCUAGAGUUCUAUUCUGGGCUCUCAUCAUUACGAGACUCUCCGUCUUUGAGGAUUUCGAUCAUGAGUGGCUCCAAACACUCCUCAUGGAAACUGCCUCGGUACUUGGCCUUAACACUUGGGACGAGGCGAGGGCAAUACUAAAGGAAUAUCUGUGGAUCGACACGGUUCUUGAUAAGCCUGCGUCACAGGUAUUUAAGGAGUGGUGCAUACCCAACACGUGUCCAUAG